UCAGUAGAUUACGCGUCUUCAAGAAUAACGGUUAAGAAAUUACCAACUCGGUUUUUGUGCUGUUAAACACGUUUCAGUAUUAUUGUUACAACGUGAAUGAUUUGUGAAGUAAUUUGGUUUUUUGGCAAAUUGUUGUGUUUAAUUGGCGUUUAAAAUUCCUAUAUUUUCCGUUUCAAAUCGAAAUCAAAUCGCGGCAAUAUGAGGUGUGUCGUGUAUUUAUCACUUUCAUUAGGACUGAUUACAGCACUGCACGAAACGGAUUGGAAACCAAUUCUGGGAAAUAGGCCAGCAUUGAACAUCCAACAGCCAAUAAUUGUCGAUUCGUUAAGCUUGAAAGCCGCAUCGAGCAGUAAAAGUACUAUAACAUUCAAUGGGCAAACCAUUACGACCAAUAUUGGUGACAAUGAUGCGGCCGGACCAGUGUUGGCUGUCGAUGCGCCAGACCUAACAGCUGACAUCGAUGCCAUUGAUGGCGAACCCAGAUAUUUGGGAUACGGUGGAAAAAUUUUAAACGGUUUUUACGCACCUACAAUCAGUCAACAGAGUGACCAAUGUUCGGUGGAUAAGUACGCAUUUGAAGAUGAGGGUACCAUUCAAUAUGAUGUCAGCAUACCAAAGAUGGAACAAUUUACACUUUGUGCGUGGAUGCGAUUUACCAAUCACGAUGGCGACCAUUCUAUAUUUACAUAUUCGGUUGAAGGCGAACCAAGAGAAAUCCAAUUUUGGGUAGCUAAUUCCAGGGGAUCCAGUUACUUUUCGUUGGCUGUUCAUGGACAAACACUCUUCAGAUUGAAUUAUCCAUUGAAAUUACGUAAAUGGCAUCAUGCGUGCGCCUCAUGGAAUGGUAAAACUGGUGAAUGGCAACUAUGGGUGAAGGCAGAACGUGUUGGACGCGGUUUCCAUAACCGGAUUGUUAGCUAUACAAUUGGAUCCAAUGGUGUUUCAUAUUCGGGUGGCCCAUCGAUUACUGGCGCUAUAGCACCGGGUCAUCACAUGGAAAUAACCGUAUUGCAAUUGUAUAAAGUGGCUCUGAGUGCUGGUAAAGCACAUCGCGACCACAAACAUCAUCAUGUGCAUCAUUUUGAUUACGAAGGUUUGGUCACAUCAACGGCACAACCAACACCAGCACCACAGCAAGCAACAUCGAACCCAUUUUUGGUAAAUGGUGCUGUAUUGAAUCGUAUAAAUUUAAACGAACCAACAGCAUUGCAAACGCAAUUUUUACCGGGACAAACACAAUUUGUGAGCGGCCAAUUUAGUCGAGCAAAUCAAUUGGUUCAACAGCAAUUCACAACACCGCCACCACCAUCGCAGUUACAAAGCUCACCAGCUCCAACCUCACCACUUCUAUUUCCACAACAACCACCACAAGAUCCAACAAUUCCACAAUCAAUAUCGGCUUCAUCUUUUGUCAAUCUAAACAAUCCGGCCAAUGUUCAAUUCAUUGACGAUGAAAGCGCAACGCCAACAUUUAACAGUCACAGUUUAUUCAAACGAAAUGGCAAUAGUCCACGUAAAGCGAUCAAAGUACGUCGUAUUAUAAAACGUGCACCAACAACCAAAAAACUUAACAAGAAACGUGCACUAAUUCCACUAAGCGAUGGAUCAUUUAUUGAUGAUAAAAAUCUAGCCCAGAUUGAUGAUUCGCCAUUCGUUUAUGAUGGGCUGGCCCAAUUUGGAGCCGGUGAUUUUCAAGAAAGCUUAACAAAACAGGGAGAUAUCGAAGAUGAAAUUAAAGCGCAUGAUCGCGAAGCAGCCGAAGGUGAAGUGAAUGCCGUUUUAUCGUUGUGCUCAUCAUGUCAAAUUGAACCAUUUGCUGGUGCAGUUGCUUUCACAUGGAAAGACGCCAAAAUUCAAACCGAACAUGCACUCAAGGGACGCAGCGUUGGCAGUUGCGGUGCUUUUUAGUUUAAUUCAUUAUUUUUAGUUGAAUUGUUUUUUUUUUUUUAAUUUCACAUUCAUACCAACCAUGUUUUUAUGUAUAAAACUAUUAAACAAACUUUUGAUUUAUGUUUUCAGAGACAGCUUUU